AUAUGUUUUUCCUUCUUCUUGACAGUUAUUUCUCGCUUUUUGUUGUCUACCCGAUAAAGAGCUUUCUCACUUUGUGAAGAGUGGCGGAUACCUGUAAAGCUUGCAGAAUAGUGUGUUGGAGAACCACCAUUUUGGUGGUAGAGUGACUAAUCCCAGAUUAACGAUUGGCUAUUCUGGAAACGUUCAUUUUCUACCAGACCCAGAAUAAUGGAUAUAAAAGACAGAAGACAUCGCUCUUUGACAAGAGGUCGGUGUGGGAAGGAAUGCCGCUAUACAAGUUCUUCAUUGGACAGUGAGGACUGCAGAGUACCAACUCAAAAGUCCUAUAGCUCAAGUGAGACACUGAAGGCAUAUGAUCACGACACCAGAAUGCAUUAUGGAAAUCGAGUUUCUGAUCUGGUUCACAGAGAGUCAGAUGAGUUUCCAAGACAAGGAACCAACUUCACCCUGGCAGAACUUGGAAUCUGUGAACCCUCUCCACAUCGAAGUGGUUAUUGCUCAGACAUAGGAAUACUUCAUCAAGGUUAUUCCUUGAGUACCGGGUCUGAUGCUGACUCUGAUACAGAGGGAGGAAUGUCUCCAGAGCAUGCUAUAAGGCUAUGGGGAAGAGGAAUAAAAUCCAGGCGCAGUUCUGGUCUCUCGAGUCGUGAAAAUUCAGCCCUUACACUGACUGACUCUGACAAUGAAAAUAAGUCAGAUGAGGAAAAUGAUUUUCAUACACACCUUUCUGAGACAUUGAAAGACAGAAAGACAGGCUGGCAGCAGCUGGCUGAGACAAAGAACUCUCUGAUACGUCGUCCCAUUCCACCUACAUCUUCGUCUAGCCUUCUUCCAUCCGCUCAGCUGCCCAGUUCCCAUAAUCCUCCACCAGUUAGCUGCCAGAUGCCAUUGCUAGACAGCAACACGUCCCAUCAAAUCAUGGACACCAACCCUGAUGAGGAGUUCUCUCCCAAUUCAUAUCUACUAAGAGCAUGUUCAGGGCCACAACAGGCUUCCAGCAGUGGUCCUUCAAAUCAUCACAGCCAGUCAACACUAAGACCACCACUUCCUCCUCCUCACAAUCAUACACUGUCCCAUCAUCACUCCUCUGCCAACUCCCUAAACAGGAACUCACUCACAAAUCGGCGGAACCAGAUCCAUGCACCAGCUCCUGCACCAAAUGACCUGGCCACCACUCCUGAGUCUGUGCAACUUCAAGAUAGCUGGGUGCUCAAUAGCAACGUGCCACUGGAGACUAGGCAUUUCUUGUUUAAGACAUCUUCUGGAACUACCCCUCUGUUCAGUAGCUCUUCCCCGGGAUAUCCUUUGACCUCAGGAACAGUUUAUACACCACCACCUAGACUGUUGCCUAGAAAUACUUUCUCCAGAAAUGCGUUCAAGCUGAAAAAGCCCUCCAAGUAUUGUAGCUGGAAAUGUGCUGCUUUAUCAGCUAUUGCUGCUGCAGUUCUGCUUGCCAUCCUCCUAGCCUAUUUCAUAGCAAUGCAUCUGCUCGGACUAAACUGGCAGCUACAGCCAGCAGAUGGACACACCUUUAACAAUGGGAUAAGGACUGGAUUGCCAGGAACUGAUGAUGUGGCAACAAUGCCAUCUGGAGGCAGAGGACCUUGGGUUACUAGAAACAGCAGCAUAGACAGUGGGGAGGCAGAGGUUGGACGCAGAGUCACCCAGGAAGUACCACCAGGUGUAUUUUGGAGGUCUCAGAUCCACAUCAGCCAGCCACAGUUCCUCAAGUUCAACAUUUCCUUAGGGAAGGAUGCUCUUUUUGGUGUUUAUAUAAGAAGAGGACUUCCACCAUCACAUGCCCAGUAUGAUUUCAUGGAACGUCUGGAUGGGAAGGAGAAAUGGAGUGUGGUGGAAUCCCCUCGAGAGCGGCGCAGUAUCCAGACUCUUGUUCAGAAUGAAGCUGUUUUUGUUCAGUACUUGGAUGUGGGUUUGUGGCACUUGGCGUUUUACAAUGACGGCAAAGACAAAGAGAUGGUUUCUUUCAGCACAGUUAUCUUGGAGGAGACAGGCCUGUUGAUUGCUACUACCCCAAAAGGAGGCAGAGAUUCAGUGCAGGAUUGUCCCCGUAACUGCCAUGGGAAUGGCGAGUGUGUAUCUGGAGUCUGCCACUGUUUUCCAGGAUUUCAUGGAGCUGAUUGUGCAAAAGCUGCAUGCCCUGUUCUGUGUAGUGGUAAUGGACAAUACUCCAAAGGAACCUGUUUGUGCUACAGUGGCUGGAAAGGGCCAGAAUGUGAUGUACCCAUCAGCCAGUGUAUUGAUCCCUCAUGUGGAGGUCAUGGAACUUGCGUUGAAGGGAAUUGUGUCUGCUCUGUUGGCUACAAAGGAGAGAACUGUGAAGAAGUUGAUUGUUUGGAUCCAACCUGCUCCAAUCAUGGUGUCUGUGUGAAUGGCGAAUGUCUCUGUAGCCCAGGUUGGGGUGGCCUAACCUGUGAGCUUCCCAGAGCACAAUGCCCAGACCAGUGUAGUGGGCAUGGUACUUACCUCUCUGACACAGGCCUCUGUAGCUGUGAUCCCAACUGGAUGGGUCCUGACUGCUCUGUUGAAGUGUGUUCUGUGGACUGUGGCACUCAUGGUGUGUGCAUUGGCGGAGCAUGUCGUUGUGAAGAAGGAUGGACAGGAGUGGCGUGUGACCAGCGUGUGUGCCAUCCCCGCUGCACGGAGCAUGGAACCUGUAAAGAUGGGAAAUGUGAAUGCAGAGAGGGCUGGAAUGGGGAGCACUGCACCAUUGGAUAUUUCCAUCACAGCAUCCCUCGCUGUUUUCUAAUAAAGGAACAGCCUACAACACUGUGCUUGGAUGGCUGCCCUGAUUUGUGCAAUGGCAAUGGGAGAUGCACACUCGGUCAGAACAGCUGGCAGUGUGUCUGCCAGACCGGCUGGAGAGGGCCUGGAUGCAAUGUUGCCAUGGAAACCUCCUGUGCUGAUAACAAGGAUAAUGAGGGAGAUGGCCUUGUGGACUGCCUAGACCCAGAUUGCUGCCUCCAGUCUACUUGUCAAAAUAGUCUGCUGUGCCGAGGCUCACGUGAUCCUCUUGACAUCAUACAACAGAGCUACUCUGGUUCACCAGCCGUGAAGUCAUUCUAUGAUCGAAUCAAGCUCUUAGUGGGGAAGGAGAGUACUCAUAUAAUUCCAGGAGAAAACCCCUUCAACAGCAGCCUUGUGUCUCUUAUAAGAGGCCAAGUAGUGACUACAGAUGGAACUCCACUCGUCGGAGUCAAUGUGUCAUUUGUCAAGUAUCCAAUGUACGGCUACACCAUCACUCGCCAGGAUGGCACGUUUGACUUGGUCGCAAAUGGUGGGGCAUCCCUAAGUCUGCACUUUGAGCGGGCCCCAUUUAUGAGUCAAGAAAGGACAGUGUGGUUGCCAUGGAAUAGCUUCUAUGCUAUGGAUACUCUGGUGAUGAAGACUGAGGAGAACUCCAUUCCCAGCUGUGACCUAAGUGGCUUUGUCCGCCCUGACCCAGUCAUCAUUUCAUCACCACUUUCUACAUUCUUCAGUGAUGCUCCUGGUCGAAAUCCCAUAGUACCAGAAACCCAGGUUCUUCAUGAAGAAAUUGAGAUCCCUGGCUCUAGUGUAAAGCUCUGCUAUCUGAGUUCUCGUACUGCUGGAUACAAAUCUUUGCUUAAAAUCACCAUGACCCAGUCUCUGGUGCCUCUGAACUUAAUUAAAGUUCAUUUGAUGGUAGCUGUGGAAGGGCAUCUGUUUCAAAAGUCAUUUCAAGCAUCCCCCAACUUGGCAUAUACAUUUAUCUGGGAUAAAACAGAUGCAUAUGGUCAAAAGGUUUACGGUCUGUCGGAUGCUGUAGUUUCUGUGGGUUUUGAAUAUGAGACUUGCCCCAGUUUGAUUUUGUGGGAGAAGAGAACAGCACUGCUGCAAGGAUUUGAACUAGACCCAUCAAAUUUAGGAGGCUGGUCUUUGGACAAACACCAUGUACUUAAUGUCAAGAGUGGUAUACUGCAUAAGGGCAAUGGAGAGAAUCAGUUUUUAACUCAGCAACCAGCUGUGAUUACUAGUAUUAUGGGGAAUGGACGAAGAAGAAGCAUCUCCUGCCCAAGUUGCAAUGGUCUAGCAGAAGGAAACAAGCUUUUGGCCCCUGUGGCACUUGCAGUGGGAAUUGAUGGAAGCCUCUUUGUUGGGGAUUUUAACUACAUUCGGCGCAUCUUCCCAUCAAGGAAUGUCACCAGUAUUUUGGAGCUAAGAAAUAAAGAGUUUAAACAUAGCAACAAUCCUGCCCAUAAAUACUACCUGGCUGUGGAUCCUGUUUCGGGUUUGCUGUAUGUAUCAGACACCAACAGCCGACGGAUCUACCGUAUCAAAUCCCUGACUGGUGCAAAGGACCUGGCUGCUAAUUCUGAAGUGGUAGCAGGGACUGGAGAGCAGUGUCUGCCUUUUGAUGAAGCGAGAUGCGGAGAUGGAGGGAAGGCAGUGGACGCAACCCUAAUGAGCCCUCGAGGAAUUGCUGUGGAUAAAUAUGGACUCAUGUAUUUUGUUGAUGCCACUAUGAUUCGGAAAGUUGAUCAGAAUGGAAUUAUAUCAACUCUACUGGGUUCCAACGACCUAACUGCUGUUCGACCCCUAAGCUGUGAUUCUAGCAUGGAUGUCACCCAGGUACGGCUAGAAUGGCCAACUGAUCUUGCUGUCAAUCCAAUGGACAACUCACUUUAUGUCCUGGAAAACAAUGUUAUUUUACGGAUCACAGAGAAUCAUCAGGUUAGCAUUAUUGCUGGACGUCCCAUGCAUUGCCAAGUCCCUGGUAUAGACUACUCCCUCAGCAAACUGGCCAUUCACUCUGCCCUGGAGUCAGCCAGUGCAAUUGCCAUCUCACAUACUGGAAUCCUUUAUAUCAGUGAGACAGAUGAGAAAAAAAUUAACCGCCUACGGCAGGUGACCACCAAUGGAGAGAUCUGCCUCCUUGCAGGGGCAGCUUCAGACUGUGACUGCAAAAAUGAUGUGAACUGUAACUGCUAUUCUGGGGAUGAUGGUUAUGCAACUGAUGCCAUCUUAAAUUCACCAUCCUCCUUAGCUGUUGCACCCGAUGGAACAAUCUACAUAGCUGACCUUGGAAAUAUCCGUAUUAGGGCUGUUAGUAAAAACAGACCUAUUCUUAACUCUUUCAACCAGUAUGAGGCUGCAUCUCCAGGAGAACAGGAGCUAUAUGUCUUCAAUGCUGAUGGAAUCCACCAGUACACACUUAGCCUAGUUACUGGCGAGUAUCUGUAUAAUUUCACUUACAGUAGUGAUAACGAUGUCACAGAAAUAAUUGAUAAUAAUGGCAACUCCUUGAAGAUUCGUCGGGAUAAUAAUGGAACACCGCGACAUUUACUGAUGCCUGACAAUCAGAUUGUCACGCUAGCUGUUGGUGCUAAUGGUGGACUCAAGGUAGUGUCAACCCAGACUCUGGAACUUGGAUUAAUGACAUACAAUGGCAAUAGUGGUCUCUUGGCAACAAAGAGUGAUGAAACGGGAUGGACAACCUUUUAUGACUAUGACCACGAAGGACGACUAACCAAUGUAACACGCCCCACUGGAGUGGUUACCAGCCUUCACCGUGAAAUGGAAAAGUCUAUCACCAUAGAUAUUGAGAAUUCCAAUCGAGAUGAUGAUGUUACAGUCAUUACCAAUCUUUCCUCAGUGGAGGCUUCCUACACAGUAGUUCAAGAUCAAGUGAGGAAUAGCUACCAGCUCUGUAAUAAUGGCACUUUGAGAGUGAUGUAUGCCAAUGGAAUGAGCAUUAGCUUCCACAGUGAACCUCAUGUCCUGACCGGCACUGUAACCCCCACCAUAGGACGGUGUAAUAUUUCCCUACCAAUGGAAAAUGGCUUAAACUCAAUUGAAUGGCGACUAAGAAAAGAACAGAUUAAAGGCAAAGUGACUGUGUUUGGAAGAAAGCUCAGGGUCCAUGGAAGGAACCUGUUGUCCAUUGAUUAUGACCGGAAUAUACGCACAGAAAAAAUAUAUGAUGAUCACAGAAAAUUUACAUUGCGGAUAAUUUAUGAUCAGUUAGGACGUCCUUUUCUUUGGCUACCCAGCAGUGGGCUGGCUGCUGUGAACGUCUCUUAUUUCUUCAAUGGACGAUUGGCUGGACUUCAGCGUGGUGCCAUGAGUGAAAGAACAGAUAUAGAUAAACAAGGCAGGAUUAUAUCCCGCAUGUUUGCUGAUGGGAAAGUGUGGAGUUAUACAUACCUGGAAAAAUCUAUGGUACUACUACUUCAGAGCCAGCGGCAGUACAUCUUUGAGUAUGAUUCCUCAGACCGGCUCCACGCUGUUACCAUGCCUAGUGUUGCUCGACACAGCAUGUCUACUCAUACAUCUAUUGGCUACAUUAGGAAUAUUUAUAAUCCUCCUGAAAGCAAUGCUUCAGUGAUUUUUGAUUACAGUGAUGAUGGCAGGAUUCUGAAAACAUCAUUUUUAGGAACUGGGCGACAAGUGUUCUACAAGUAUGGAAAACUAUCCAAGUUGUCUGAAAUUGUUUAUGACAGUACUGCAGUUACUUUUGGAUAUGAUGAAACUACUGGAGUCCUGAAAAUGGUGAACUUACAGAGUGGUGGGUUUUCAUGCACAAUUCGAUACCGUAAAAUUGGUCCACUGGUUGACAAACAAAUCUAUAGGUUCUCUGAAGAAGGCAUGGUCAAUGCGAGGUUUGAUUAUACCUAUCAUGAUAAUAGCUUUCGAAUUGCUAGCAUCAAGCCUAUAAUAAGUGAGACACCUCUUCCAGUUGAUCUUUACCGUUAUGAUGAAAUCUCUGGAAAAGUAGAGCAUUUUGGCAAAUUUGGAGUCAUCUAUUAUGAUAUAAAUCAAAUCAUUACUACCGCAGUGAUGACACUGAGUAAACACUUUGAUACCCAUGGACGCAUUAAAGAGGUUCAGUAUGAAAUGUUCAGAUCACUCAUGUACUGGAUGACAGUCCAGUAUGAUAGCAUGGGAAGAGUGACUAAGAGAGAACUGAAACUUGGACCUUAUGCCAACACAACUAAAUAUACCUAUGAUUACGAUGGAGAUGGGCAGCUCCAAAGUGUGGCGGUAAAUGACAGGCCAACCUGGCGUUAUAGUUAUGAUCUUAAUGGGAAUCUUCAUCUCUUGAAUCCAGGAAAUAGUGUCCGAUUGAUGCCUCUACGGUAUGAUCUUAGAGACAGGAUUACACGUCUGGGUGACAUGCCAUACAAAAUUGAUGAUGAUGGAUUCUUGUGCCAGCGAGGCUCAGAUAUAUUUGAAUACAAUUCCAAAGGUCUCUUAACAAGAGCUUACAACAAAGCAAGUGGAUGGAGUGUUCAGUACCGUUAUGAUGGACUGGGGCGAAGGGCUUCUUGUAAAACUAACCUGGGGCACCAUCUUCAGUACUUUUAUGCUGAUCUUCACAACCCAACAAGAGUAACACACAUCUAUAACCAUUCCAAUUCAGAGAUUACCUCUUUAUACUAUGAUUUACAAGGCCAUCUCUUUGCAAUGGAAAGCAGCAGUGGAGAAGAAUACUAUGUCGCCUCUGAUAACACAGGAACACCCUUGGCAGUAUUUAGUAUCAAUGGCCUCAUGAUCAAGCAACUUCAGUAUACUGCAUAUGGAGAAAUAUAUUAUGAUUCCAACCCUGACUUCCAAUUAGUUAUUGGAUUUCAUGGAGGAUUAUAUGACCCUCUGACAAAACUGGUCCAUUUUACUCAGAGAGACUAUGACGUUCUGGCUGGGCGCUGGACAUCUCCUGAUUACACAAUGUGGAAAAACAUCGGUAAGGAGCCUGCUCCGUUCAACUUGUACAUGUUCAAGAGCAACAACCCUCUCAGCAAUGAAUUGGAUUUAAAGAAUUAUGUAACAGAUGUGAAAAGCUGGCUGGUGAUGUUUGGAUUUCAGCUCAGCAACAUUAUUCCUGGUUUCCCUAGAGCAAAAAUGUACUUUGUACCUCCUCCAUAUGAAUUGUCAGAGAGUCAAGCAUGUGAAAAUGGACAGCUAAUUACUGGAGUCCAGCAGACAACAGAAAGACACAAUCAAGCAUUUAUGGCCCUGGAGGGACAGGUCAUCUCUAAACGAUUACAUGCCAACAUUAGAGAGAAAGCAGGGCACUGGUUUGCCACAACCACUCCCAUUAUUGGGAAAGGGAUCAUGUUUGCUGUAAAGGAAGGCCGUGUAACCACUGGCAUUUCCAGCAUAGCCACAGAAGACAGCAGAAAAAUUGCCUCUGUCCUUAACAAUGCUUACUACUUGGAAAAAAUGCACUACAGCACUGAGGGAAAGGAUACUCAUUACUUUGUAAAGAUUGGAUCAUCCGACAGUGACCUCGUCACCCUGGCAAUGACCAGUGGGCGGAAGGUACUGGAUAGUGGAGUAAACGUUACAGUUUCCCAGCCAACCCUCCUUAUCAAUGGAAGGACUCGAAGGUUUACUAAUAUUGAAUUCCAGUACUCUACUCUACUGCUUAACAUACGCUAUGGACUGACCCCUGACACACUGGAUGAAGAAAAGGCAAGAGUUUUAGACCAGGCUCGACAGCGAGCCUUGGGAUCAGCAUGGGCCAAAGAACAGCAGAAGGUGCGGGAUGGCAAAGAGGGCAGCCGCUUAUGGACGGAUGGAGAGAAGCAGCAACUUUUGAACACAGGAAGGGUUCAAGGUUACGAGGGAUACUAUGUACUUCCAGUGGAGCAGUACCCAGAGCUAGCAGACAGUAGCAGCAACAUCCAGUUUUUAAGACAGAAUGAAAUGGGAAAGAGGUAACAAAUUAACCUGCUGUCAUCCUUUGCUGGAUGAAUCAGUAGUCACAACUGUUAUCUCCUCUCCUAAGGAGAUGAAGACCUAAACAGGGGCACUAGGCUGAGCUACUUUGGGAUAGUAAGUGGCAAGAAAGCUCACAUUUUUUGAGUUAAAUGCUACUGUUGAAGUGAUUAAAAACCACUUCCUGAAGUGGACUAAAGCCAGACUGAAAACUUUAACCAUACAAAUUAAAAAGUACCCCUAAAAUAUUACCCACUUGUUCUGGGUCUAAAGAAAAAAAAAAGAAAAAUAAAAAAGAAGGCCUCAUAUUAUAUUACCUCACUCCAUUCACAUGUGAGCAAACUUUAAGAAAUCCAAGAGGGCCACCUUCACUAGACCAGCUGAUGAAACAAAAAAAGAUUCAGACCGCUUGUUUGAUAAAUAUUCAAGAGGUUUUCAUUUAAAGCAAAAUACAGGUGCAUUUAAAACAUGACUUUGGGGUGAUUUGUGUGUAGCAACUGGAGGGAAAUGAUAACGCAAGUGAGAGAGCACUGGAAAUAGUAAAGAAACAUAUAUUUAAAACAUAAAAAACCUGCACUUGCACUCAGACCCUGCGUUUGUCUGGCCUGAAGUUUAAUUUAUUCAAAGAGGGCAGAGUGUAAAGUUGAAUUCAAAAUGGUGGCUAUAAAUCACUACAAAUAAAUUUCAUACUCUGUUUGUCUUUGAAGAUUCCAUUGUGGACAGUAUAACACAGUUACAGGGUGUAGUCUGUUUAGAUUCAGUAGUUUGUUGGUAUCAGUUCCAGUAGAGCUGUGGGCAUUGUGUUACACUAUUGCAAAUGGGCACCACUUCAGAUCACCCUGUACAUACAUCAGCCAGAAGGCACAAUCACUGUUUCAGAUUUAAAAAUUAUUAGUGUGUUUGUUUGGUCGAGAAACUGAGACAAUCACAUUACAGUCACCGCAAAAGAAAAAAAACAAGUCUAAUAAGAACUUUGGUACAAGAACUUUUUUGUAAUAUACAUGUAUGAAUUGUUCAUUGAGUUUUUAUAUUAAUUUUAAUUUGCUGCUAAGCAAAGAAUAGAGACAGGCAAAGAUAAUUUAUGGCAAAGUGUUUAAAUUGUUUAUACAUAAAUAAAGUCUCUAAAACUCCCGUGA